GGUCAUUUCGUUUCCACCACAAUCGGAUCACUCUCUGCACUCUGUUUUUCCCAUUUUCAACAAUUUUCACGAGUUUCAAUCAACAAUCGAAGAAAUUUCAUCAUCUCUUCGAUUCUACACACCCGAUUGCAAUUUCCUCUCAAUUUCUCAACAUACGCCAUGCUUGCUUGCCGAGCGUUGUUGACGGUUGGGUGAACAAUUGAUGGUGUGGAAUUUGAAGAUGGAGACGUAUUUGAAUGAGAAUUUCGGGGAAGUGAAACCGAAGCAUUCGUCUGGAGAAACGUUGAAGAGAUGGAGGACUCUGUGUGGUGUUGUCAAGAACCCCAAGAGGCGCUUUCGUUUCACUGCUAACAUCGCUAAGCGCGAUGAGGCGGCUGCAAUGCGACGUUCUAAUCAGGAGAAAUUGAGAGUCGCGGUUUUGGUUUCCAAGGCUGCAUUUCAGUUUCUACAAGGGGUGCAACCAGAUGACUACACAGUCCCUGAAGAAUUCAAAGCCGCUGGUUUCGACAUCUGCGCUGAAGAAGUAGGUUCUAUUGCCGAAGGACACGACCCCAAAAGGCUAAAACUCCAUGGUGGAGCAGACGGUAUUGCCAAAAAGCUCAAAACAUCAACAACCGAUGGACUAUGUACCGAUAACCACAACGAGCUGACCCCAAGGCAACAACUUUUCGGAAUCAACAAGUUUACAGAAGCCGCGCAACGCAGCUUUUGGGUCUUCGUUUGGGAAGCCCUUCAAGAUAUGACCUUAAUGGUUCUUGGUGCAUGCGCGUUUGUGUCGUUGAUUGUAGGAAUCGCAACCGAAGGCUGGCCCAAGGGGGCUCACGACGGGCUUGGGAUCGUCGCGAGUAUCUUGUUAGUCGUGUUUGUGACAGCGACGAGUGAUUAUCGUCAAUCGUUACAGUUUAAAGAUUUGGAUAAAGAGAAAAAAAAGAUAUCUAUUCAAGUAACACGAAACGCGUAUAGGCAAAAGUUGUCGAUAUACGAGUUACUAGUUGGUGAUAUUGUUCAUCUUGCUAUAGGAGAUCAAGUCCCGGCAGAUGGGCUUUUUCUUUCGGGUUUUGCAGUCUCUAUUGAUGAAUCGAGUUUGACGGGUGAAAGUGAGCCGGUUAUGGUUAGUUCCGAGAACCCUUAUUUGUUGUCCGGGACCAAGGUCCAAGACGGUUCAUGCAAAAUGUUGGUUACGGCGGUUGGCAUGCGAACGCAAUGGGGGAAACUAAUGGCGACUCUUAGCGAAGGAGGAGACGACGAGACCCCGUUACAAGUUAAGUUAAACGGCGUCGCCACAGUUAUUGGGAAAAUCGGUCUUUUUUUCGCUAUGGUGACAUUUGCGGUUCUUGUGCAAAAGUUAGUAACUCGUAAGAUAACCGAAGGAACUCACUGGCGUUGGUCGGGUGACGACGCUUUAGAACUAUUGGAAUAUUUCGCUAUUGCGGUCACUAUCGUUGUGGUUGCGGUUCCAGAGGGGCUUCCGUUAGCGGUCACAUUGAGUCUAGCAUUCGCCAUGAAGAAAAUGAUGAACGACAAAGCACUCGUCCGCCAUUUAGCAGCGUGCGAGACUAUGGGGUCCGCAACGACGAUAUGCAGUGAUAAAACCGGGACACUAACCACCAACCGAAUGACGGUAGUGGAAGCCUGCAUUUGUACGAAAGUCAUGGAUAUAACCAAACAAGUCGGUAAUGAGAUCCCAAACAAUGCGUUAAAGCUUCUUCUACAGUCGAUAUUCACUAACACUGGGGGCGAAGUUGUAAUCAACCAACACGGGACACGCGAGAUACUAGGAACCCCGACAGAAGCGGCUAUACUAGAAUUCGGUUUGUCACUUGGUGGCGAUUUCCAAUCAGAGCGCCAAGUUUCCAACGUUCUCAGAGUUGAGCCGUUUAACUCUACAAAGAAACGGAUGGGAGUCGUGUUGAAGCUUCCAGAAGGAACCGUACGAGCGCAUUGUAAAGGUGCUUCGGAAAUAAUCUUGGCGGCUUGUGACAAGAUGAUUAAUGUAACUGGUGAAGUUGUUAGUCUUGAUGAGGCGUCACUUAACCAUUUAAAGGGUGUAAUCGACAAAUUUGCUAGUAAAGCGCUUAGAACGCUAUGUCUUGCUUAUAUAGACCUCGAAAAAGACGUUUCUGCUGACACGCCUAUUCCAGCUAGUGGUUACACGUGUAUUGGAAUCGUGGGUAUCAAAGAUCCCGUGCGUCCAGGUGUCAAGGAGUCAGUGGCGCUUUGUCGCGCAGCUGGGAUAACCGUACGUAUGGUUACAGGAGAUAACAUAAAUACCGCAAAGGCAAUAGCUAAAGAAUGUGGAAUACUUACGGAUGACGGUAUUGCAAUCGAAGGUCCAGAUUUUCGCGAAAAGGAUCUAGAUGAAUUGUACUGGCUAAUUCCCAAGAUUCAGGUGAUGGCCCGAUCGUCUCCUCUCGAUAAGCAUACACUAGUGAAGCACUUGAGAACAACGUUUGGUGAAGUUGUGGCGGUUACCGGUGAUGGAACGAAUGAUGCACCCGCACUUCAUGAAGCCGAUAUCGGGCUUGCAAUGGGCAUUGCUGGGACCGAGGUAGCCAAAGAGAGUGCGGAUGUAAUCAUUCUAGACGAUAAUUUUUCGACAAUUGUGACCGUUGCCAAAUGGGGACGAUCAGUCUACAUCAACAUUCAAAAGUUUGUACAGUUUCAGCUCACAGUUAAUGUUGUUGCUUUGGUAGUCAACUUUACUUCAGCUUGUUUGACAGGAAGUGCUCCGUUAACUGCGGUCCAGCUCUUGUGGGUGAACAUGAUAAUGGAUACGUUGGGAGCGCUGGCAUUAGCGACCGAGCCUCCGAAUGAUGAACUAAUGAAGAGACCACCAGUUGGAAGAACGGGAAGUUUUAUUAGUAGUGCUAUGUGGCGGAAUAUAUUGGGACAGUCUUUGUACCAGUUUACAGUGAUAUGGUUACUUCAGUCGAAAGGAAAAUCGUUUUUCGGUCUUCAUGGAGAUGAUUCGGAUUUGAUCCUUAAUACCCUUAUUUUCAAUGCCUUUGUCUUCUGUCAGCUUUUUAACGAGAUUAACUCUAGAGAAAUGGAGAAAGAAGAUGUUGUAGAUGGGAUAUGGGACAACAAUGUGUUUGUGAGUGUUAUCUCAGCAACAUUUAUAUUCCAGGUGAUAAUAGUGGAGUACCUAGGCACCUUUGCGAAUACAUCACCGCUAACGAUCAUGCAAUGGUUCUUUAGCAUUGUUAUCGGGUAUUUAAGCAUGCCCAUUGCUGUCUACUUGAAGAGGAUCCCUCUUUUGUUUUCGCAAAAAGAUCUGAUCCUUUAGCCUUUUAGAAGUUCGUUGAGUGUAGAUUGUUUACAAGGUAGGGUAGGGGUUCGGUUCGGUUCGUGCCAAGUUAACUAAAGAGAAUGCUCAUGAUGAUGAUGAAUCUGUUAUGUAAAAGAAGGUUGUGUUAGUUGUGUAGUUGAACAUUUUACAACUUUUCGAUAAGAUAUAUAGAGUAGGGAGUACCAUGUGAAUUUUAUCUUUUGGAUGAAAUGCUAUGUAAAGUUCUUUA